AAAUGAAAAAAUUGAAAGAAAUGAGAAAACAGAUGAGAUGUGAUUACGUAAACAAGUUUUAGGCUUGAAACCGUUGUCCGACAUAACUGAUAGUUCUCCGAGAGGUCUCAAGCUCUGAGGUCGUGUGAUCUAUCAGCAAAUCAUGUUUGUUUCAGACGUUGCAAAAAUCCAGUAGAUACUAGCUAGCAUUAUAUAAGGGCUGUAGUUUGACUUUGUCACUUUUUAAAGCUGCUUUGUAAAAGAAGGAAGAAGGACAAACUCCAUGUCAUGCCCGGAAAUGUAAUUCUGAGAUAGGCGGCCACGUACACUUCCUUCCCACAUUAAAGCUCUGUCAGCAUGAAAUUCAAUGUGCUUGAAUUUCUACAUUUUCACCGCCGGGAUAAGGUUCCCAAGGUUCCCAAGUCCCCUAAGGUCUCCAAAAUCCCAAAAGAUAAAUCGUCCUUUUUCAAGGGUAAGGAAAUUAAACACAAAGACAAGGAGAUCGAGCACAUAAAUCCGUUUUCUGAAUCGGACUCUUCUGCAACUCAAGCUGAGAAGAACCCUUCCAAAAAAAACCAAAACUCAGAUACGAAUAUCAUGAGAAAGUCAAAAUCCUUCAAUGACCUCAAACAAAACGUUUUCACCUCACUUAGGAGAAGCACCUCGUAUCAAAGGUUGUCAAAAAAUUUAAACCUCAGUUACACAAAUCUAAGGACUCCGCUAGCUACUCUAGAAGAAAACAAGUUGGAUUUAGAAGAUUCUCACUCACUCAUAAGACAACAAGAACCGCGUAGUACUAUUCUUACAGAGCCUUCCUUAGCUGUCACUAAAGAGGAGGAAAUGAAGUUUGAUUUUGCGACCGAAGGGAAUACAACAAAUGAAACAUAUACGAGCAUGUUUAACAGCAUAUAUGCAGACUACUAUCUUGAUUCCGAUUCUGAAAGUAUUCAAUCAUCUGCCAUUUCUGAUAAAAAGGUUGUUCCACCAAGCGAGUAUUUACUUUCGUCAUCUGGAACACCAAAUUACAACAUUGUACCUCAAAUAUUACCACCAUUUCCUUCUUUUGUUGCAGACAAUCCAUUUGCCGACUUUGAGGAGUACAAUCAACUACCACAUGAGAAACUUUUGUUACGAGCUUCGCAAAUUCAUGGUUUAUCUCCUACUUGCUCACUUUCUUCUGCUAUCAAAAGUUACAGGAGGAGUUUGUAUUGCGAAAGUGAUGAUAAUGACAUAUCUAACAAUGAUGAUGAUCUUAUCUUCUAUAGCAACGAGAAAAAAAGCAUAGUACCUUUUCCUCAAACUAGAAUACCACAGUCACCAUUACCAGCGUUGCCACAGCCUUCUCCAUUAUUCUCAACUCCCUGUAGAUCAACCAAAGGUUAUGAUUUGGUGCUUCCUAAUAUAAAGCGUGAAGAAGUCACAGAUUUGGAAGAUAAGAGCCUGUUUGAUGCUUUGAGUAAGGCUGAAUGGUGGGACUGUUCCAAAAUAACAUUGGUAUCUUAUAAUGAUUAG